UAUAUAGAUAUAAGUCCCAAGAAAAACGCAUUGGUUUUCUCAAACGUUACACAUAAGUUUACAACACCCAAAAGAAGAAAAUUAUGACGGCCGAGACGAGCGGUCCGGUUUCAUCAUCAAGGCCGUGUCCGAUCAAAACCGUCGUCGUUUUGGUCCAGGAAAACCGGUCAUUCGACCACAUGCUCGGGUGGUUCAAAGAUCUCAACCCCGACAUCGACGGCGUCGAAAGAUCGAACCCGAAAACGAAUCCAAAAUCAGGUUCCGACCCGAAUUCUCCGGUUAUCGAGUUCGGUGAUCGUUCUCAGUAUGUAGACCCGGAUCCAGGUCACUCGAUUCAAGACAUAUACGAGCAAGUUUUUGGGAAGCCUUGGGAUCCGAACCACCCGGACCCGAACCCUGGUCCACCCACUAUGUCCGGGUUCGCUCAAAACGCCGAGAGAAACAAAACGGGCAUGUCCUCGGCGGUCAUGAACGGGUUUAAACCGGACGCUUUGCCGGUUUACAAGGAAUUGGUUACUAACUUCGCCAUUUGUGACCGGUGGUUUGCGGCGGUUCCGGCCUCGACGCAGCCAAACAGGCUGUUCGUGCACUCGGCAACGUCGCACGGAGCGACGAGCAACGACAAGAAGUUGUUGGCCGAAGGGUUUCCACAGAAGACGAUAUUCGAGUCGCUCGACGAAGCUGGAUUUAGCUUCGGCAUCUAUUACCAAUUCCCUCCCUCUACUCUUUUCUACAGGAACCUGAGAAAUCCAAAGUAUUUGACACACUUUCACGAGUACGGGAUUCACUUCAAGAACGACUGCGAGAAGGGGAAGCUGCCAAACUACGUGGUGAUAGAACAGAGGUGGUUCGAUCUGUUGUCGAUUCCGGGGAACGACGACCAUCCAUCGCACGACGUGUCGGAAGGACAGAAGCUGGUCAAAGAAGUGUACGAGGCCUUGAGAUCGAGCCCUCAGUGGAACGAGAUUCUGUUCGUCGUAACCUACGACGAGCAUGGCGGAUUCUACGACCAUGUUCCGACACCGGUGCACGGAGUUCCCAGCCCCGAUGGCAUUCCCGGCCCCGAACCGUACCGUUUCGAGUUCAACCGGCUCGGUGUUAGGGUUCCUACGUUCUUCAUCUCUCCUUGGGUUGAACGAGGAACAAUGGUGCAUGGACCGAAUGGGCCGUAUCCAACGUCACAGUACGAGCAUUCAUCAAUUCCCGCAACGGUCAAGAAAAUAUUCAACUUGAAAGAUUUUCUGACGAAGAGAGACGAGUGGGCCGCCACUUUUGAUUCCGUUCUUACCAGACCCACGCCCAGGCUCGAUUGCCCCGAAAAAUUGCCGACGCCGGUGAAAUUGAGAGCAACGGUGGCAAAGGAAGAUGCAGAACUGAGUGAAUUCCAGCAGGAGCUCGUGAUAAUGGCCGCAGGGCUCAACGGAGAUUACAAGGACGAAGAUUUGAUGCACAAACUCUGCUGCGAAACUUGCGUUUUGGACGCUGCGAAAUACGUUGAAACCGCGUUUGAGGAGUUCCUUAAAGACAGCAGACAGGCAAGGGGAGGUCGUGACGAGAACGACGUCGUUUCUGUCCCUGAUCAAGAAGCUGCGACGCAACCACAGGACGCUGCCGCCGCGGCUGCGACUAGAACGCAAACGUCCUUUCUCCGUAAGUUGUUCUCUUGUAUUGUUUGUGAUCAUUGAAGAACUCGUAACAAAAAACAAGAAAGAGAAAAAGAGUGGUAUCAGCCCAUGCUCCCAAUUUCUAUGUUGGCUGAGAAAAUGUUGAAUGUUUGUUUUAUUUUGAAUUAAUAAACCAUUUGCGUUUUGAAAUUU